UUCUUUGUUGUUCAGACAAUCAACCUUUGUUUCUGGAUUUGGAGCAAAAACUCUCCAUGUAUCUUCCAAAGUCCUGGAGAAAGAACAUAUUAAAGGACAAAGUGGUUAUGUAUCUAAAGGUGCAGUAUUUUGCAGAAAACUACCAGCUAAUUGUAAAUGACGACGCUCUCAAGCUCUAUUAUGCUGAAGUGAAAGCCAGAGUUUUGAGUUCUCGGUGUUAUGAGCAUGAAGGAUUAUAUUUCCAGCUGGCUGCGUAUGCCCUACAGGUCGAACUGGGCGAUUACAAACAGGGAAACAAUGCAUACUUUCAACCGCAGGGGUUUUUACCUGUGUGGGUUAUACAAAGGCGUGGGAAAGAUUACAUCCUCGAGCACACCCCAGCCCUGCACUGGGAAAUUACGGGAAUGUCCUCUAGGAAAGCUACUCAGCUUUUCAUACAGAACGCUUUUACCCUGAGUGACGUGCCAGUCACCAUCUAUACCCUGCUCAAAGUCUGGCAACAUGCUUACAUUACUUACAUAAUAUAAAUAUACAUUCAGACAGUCAUAGCAUGGGAUAGUUGAAAAUUCUUUCAUUAUUUACUCACCCUCAUGUCAUUCCAAACCCGUAUGACUUG